AUGUCAAGCCGCAGGGCGUCCCGCAGCGCUUUCUACUGCUUCGCGCGCGAGCAGCUGCCCGGGCUGCGGGGGCGCGGCGUGCCCGUGAGCCGCGUGGUCGAUGCCAUCCCCUACUGCUCCCAGGCGUGGGCGUUGCUGCCUAAAGAAGAAAGGAUCCUAUAUAUGGAGAUGGCUCAUAAGGAGAAUAGAAAGAAUGGCUCUCAGAAGACAGUGACAGAGAGCAAUCUGAUGACUUCCGUGAGGCUUUACCAGCUUUUCAUGAGCUUGAUUCCCAGUCAAAGGCAGCUAUCUUGUGCCAAACAUCUUCAUAAAGUUCAUGGAGAAUAUUUUGAAAUCAAAUUUGACAAGUACCUUCCCUGUGACAAAUGGUUUGAGCACAACAAAAUCAUGUCUGUGACUGCAGACAUCUUCUACUUCCUGAACAUUUACAGCCAUGGCAAGCUGCCAUCCCACUGUGAGCAGCGCUUCCUUCCCUGUGAGAUUGGGUGCGUCAAGUUCUCCUUGCAGGAUGGCAUAAUUGCUGAUUUCCAUCACUUCAUAGAUCCAGAAGUACCACCAUGUGGUUUCCGGUACCAUUGCCAGGCUGCUAGUGAUGCCACUCAUAAGAUCCCUGUAUCUGGAUUCCAUCUUCCAUGUGCUUCUUAUGCAGUUGUCUUACAGGAACUUCUUGACUUUGUCCAGCCAGCCAGAGAUGCUCAGCCUCAGUUUUACUGCAGGCAUGAUGACAGAUUCCGAGUGAGCUGGUGUCUCAAUCGAAUGGCUAGCCAAACAGGCAUUGUGAAACACCUGGAGCUUCUUGCUGUAGAAGACCUGGUAACCGAACUGUACCGGAAGAAAUACAAAGAGGAGCCAUCCAAGACUUGGGUCUGUAGAGAGCUGGAUGUCUUCCUGUGGGACUUUUGCAGUAACACCAGGUGCAAGUGGCAUGAGGAGAAUGACAUAGUGUGCUGUGCUUUGGCAUCCUGCAAGAAGAUUGCUUACUGCAUCAGCAGAUCUUUGGCUGGUGUGUAUGGAGUCUCACUGACAGCAGCUCACCUGCCUUCUGAUUAUGAUGAAAGCAUGAAUACCAAGAUGGUGAUACUGGAUGCUGGGCGCUUUCAGAAAAUGAAGGCUGAGCGUUCUGAAUGCGACAGACACCUCGCUCCGCUGAGCCACAAUCAAGAGCUCAUGGUUCCUGAAGGUGGUUCUCCAUGUGGUGUAAAGAAUGAUCUUUAUGGAGCAAGCGGCGUGCGAGGAAGAGGAAUUACUCGAUUGAACAAAUAG